UGUUCUGAUACUGAAUAGCAACUUCGUCGAUCGUACUUAGCGCUUAUUUGUAUAUAUUGUUGAGAAUUGUUUAUGAAAUGAAUUAGCGUUUUUAUGUGUAAAAAUUAUUGGAUUUGUCUUUAAAGAUUAAAAAGAUGUUCGUGAAUUAAUAAUUUUAAUUAUGUGUACGUAUGCGAGUUGAAUUCUAAUAAUCACAUAUGCUAUGGAAACUUUUAAGAGACGAAGUGAUCGUUUAAUAAAUAAUAACUCAACGCGGGAAGCUACGGCAAAGAAGGAGAAUAACGAGAAGAAAAAUUUCCCGUGUGUCAAAUAUGUCAAAUAUGGCGGAAAAAUCGUUUACUUGACGGAUAUGUCAGAAAUAGCUGAGGCCGCUGAUAGCUUGAUACAAUGGGUGGAAAGACAGCAGCAUGUUCCGAUUCCCCUCUCUUUUGAUAUGGAAUGGCCAUUUUCAUUUCAAACAGGUCCGGGUAAGACUUCUGUUGUGCAGGUGUGCCUGGAAUUAAAUUGUUGUUAUGUUUUCCAACUAUCCAAUUUGAGGAAAUUACCAGCAGCGCUAGUCGCUUUGCUGAAACAUCCACGCGUUCGCAUGCACGGAGUAAACAUUAAAAACGAUGUCCAGAAGCUGGCUAGGGAUUUCCCUGAAAUGAAAUUAGACGACUUAAAGCACCGCUGCAUUGAUUUGGGAACUUGGUGCAACGAAAUUAAUGAAACCGGAUGCCGAUGGAGUUUAGAUCGUCUAUGCAAUUAUUUGAUAAACCAAACCGUAGACAAAAACAAAAAAGUUAGAAUGAGCAAUUGGCAUGUCGUACCUUUGAAUAAAGAUCAGUUAAUGUAUGCAGCUAUAGAUGUUUAUAUUGGACUAGUGAUUUACCGGGAAUUGGAAAAUCGAGCGCGAAUAAAAAAAGAAAGGCUGUGAGUGAUUGUUGGAAGAUGGUUGAAUGAUGGCGUUGGAAUUAUUUAUUUAUCAUGAUCUAAGAAUUAAAAGGAAAGUCUUUUAAAAA